AUGGCCGUCCUCCUCCUCACCCUCCUCGCCGUCGUCCUCGCCGUCGCCAACGCCGAGCUCACGCAGCACCUCCAUUCACUCGCAGACAACUGCGAGUUCACGCUGAACGGCAGCCGCUUCGACCUGUGCCCUGUUCUGCGCGCGGACAAGAGCGAGGAGCGGGUGAUCGCGUUCGAGAAGUGGACGCCGCCGACGGUGACUCGGACGGAGUAUCGGAUAUCGUUUGGGGGUGCGCUGAAGAGGAACGAGAGCCGCGAAACGUACGAGCAGUGUUAUGAGGGGUCGCAGAUAUGCUUGACUGACGGAGACCUGACUAUACUGGCAGUGACCAACCGCCGGCCGAAGCACGACGACGAAGCUCCGCGGAUCACCUCCGUCGUGCCCGUCGCCGGUAACCUGAAUUUCGAGUGGGAGUCCGACGGGAAGAAGCACUCCUAUAGCACGCACAUGAACGCGAGCGUGUCCCUCGGGGAGACCGUCAAGAGCCGGCAUCCGGCAGUGAAGCUGCGCUUAGGUGGCGGUCGGUACGUCCGCGAUGCACAGAACGCAGUAUUUUAUUUUACGUGCAACCAUACGGCGGAAGAGCCAACCUCCCCCGAAUUCGCCUGGCGCUGGGGCGGCACGCAUGGCUUCACCUGGUCGACGAAGCACGCGUGCGGUCAGUCACUCACCCCGCACACCAGCACCAUGCAGGCCACACCCGUCCCGCCCACGCAGACCCCCCAACCCGAGCCCGAGCCUGAAACGCCGCCCGAGCAGGAAGAGGACCCGGAGGAGCCGCCGCCGCCGCCGGAGGGCGAGGAGCGGAACUUCAUCCCCCCCGCGGAUGAUGGAAGGAAAAGGAGUGCGACGGUUAUAUUCUUCGCUGUUCUUUCCCCGAUCGUCCUCCUAACGUACCUCUUCUACUCCCCGCCGCCCGCGCUCCGGCGACUCGUCCUCCGCCUCCGACCGGCGCGGUUCCGCACGAAGGAGUCGCGGCUUCUGCGCUGGGCCGAGUACGAGGGGCUCGAGGGCGAGGGAGAAGGGGAGGGAGAGGAGGAUUUCAUGGUGAAUAGCGGUAUGGGGGUGGAGGAGCGCAUCCCGCUCGCGCCGAGCCCAAGGAAGGGGAAGUGGGCGGGGUAUGGGAGCGCUGGGUGA